UUUAAAUGAUUGUUUUUAAGUUUCAGACUCUGGACUCUGGCUCUUCAGCAGCAGCUCUAAGUGAAAUGAGGUAAAAACUUUCACAUAGAGGUUGCAUGGCUUUGACCUCAGCAGCUCUACAUCAGGGUUUGAAUGAAACGGCUUGUUUAAAAAGUAAUGGGCAUAUAUAACCUCAGUUUACUGCUAACCAUUAAACUAUACAAUACAUUUACAUAACAAUGUUUCUGUUCAUGUAGAAACAGCUCCAAAAGACAAAAACAGAAUGGUCUACUUCCUGACAGUCUCAAAGAUGAAUCAAAGGUAGCAUGUUAAUACUGGGUCUCCUCUGCAGCUGCGGUCAUCACCACCUUUUGUGGAGGAGCUACUUAAAGGGUCAGUUCACCUAAAUCACACAAGAAGUGACAGGCUCCUACAUUGAACAUGACAUUGAUGUGAACACACUACUUCCCUCCCUGCCAUCUGGGUUCUUAGUUGGGUGUUAUGUUGUUUUUCUUUCUUUCUUUUUUUUCCUGUGCUUUUCCCACUGGUUUCAGGUGGGCGGGGCUCUGCUCGAAAAAGUUGAGUUCAGCUACUUCUGUGCAUUUCAAUCCAAACAUGAUGAGGGUGAGUAGUUUGGUGCUGUCAGUCAAAUCUGAUCAAACCACACCCAUAGUUUUGAUAAACAUUUUGAUUCUUAACCCCUUAAUAAAUAGUACAUGUUUUAAUUAAGAAAAAACUUAGUCACUUAUUUAUUCAAGAACACUUAUUGUUAAUGACAACCACUUAUGAUGUGAAGCCAAGUUUUCAGGGGCUUCAAGACAUCCACUAUUAAAGGUCUACUCUUCAGACUGUGCUGGAAGUGAACAGAAUAGUUUUGUAGGGCUCAAACAUCUCAAGAUUACUUUUGCCUCUGCUUAGAGUUGUCAUUAGGUAGGAAGUCAUUUCUGAUGGAAACUGCUGCAGCCUAGACUCAACAUUAGCCUUUAUCCAGGGUUUGCAUCCAACCUCCAGUGCCUCCACUUCUUCAGUGCUGAUUUUUUAAGUAUUCCGAGCUUUUAUAAUUAUAUUUGUAUCAAAUGACAACAUGAAAGCAAUUUUUGUGAAGCUAUUGCAGGUUUAAUAAAGACCUAUUUUCUCUUAUUAGAAAUUAUGAAUAAAAUAACCUACUAAAAUUGCAAAUGUAUUGACUUAAAGGCCUGGUUGUGCCUUUCUUUGUAGUGUUGUUUAAAUCACAGCACUUUUAAAAAGUUGAGGUUGAGUUUGGGGUCUUGAUGUGUCAGUAAUCACGCCCCACGGUUGAGGCCAGGAGUCGGGGACGCGCAUCCAGCUGCCUGUGUGGUCUCUGCGCUCGUUCACGCGCAUGUGAACACCUGACCGCUGCAGGGGACGGUGCCCGCUGUUAGUUUGAUCGGGGGAAAUCCUUUACAGGUCGGUUACUGUCUCCUAUGAGCGGGAUGGCGGAUGGAGAAGUGUUCACAGUGGAAGAUCAGGCCGUGGACAGCGCCCGGCUGCUGCUGCGGGACUACAGGCGGCUGACUCGGCUGUACUGCAUGAAUGGCGGACAUCACCUGCAGAUCCUGCCCGAUGGGACAGUGCAGGGCCAGAGGGAUGAGGGGGACGUUCACACCGUUUUAAAGAUUAAAGCUGUGGACACAGGUGUGGUGGUGAUCCAAGGCACAGAAGCUGGGCGAUAUUUGGCCAUGAGUGAUGAGGGACGUUUGUACAGUUCACACACUGUGACUGAUGAAUGUUACUUCCUGGAGAAACUGGAGGAGAAUCACUACAACACCUAUCAGGCUCAGAAAUAUCAGGAGAAGAACUGGUACGUAGCUCUGAAAAAGAACGGGAAACCUAAACUGGGUCCAAGAACGCACAUCGGACAGAAGGCCGUCUUCUUUCUGCCCCGACAGCUGGACGACUGCGGGGAGUGAAGACGUUCAUCCCAACACACAGUGAUACCUCAACCAAAACAGACUGGAAGCUGCUCAUGGAGGGAUUAGUGUUUGAGGAAGUGGUAUGAAAACGGUUGAUUGGUUGUUGUUUUGUUUUUGUUUUUUUGCACUUUACACUGCACUUAUUUAUUUCCACAUCAUCUCAUUUUAGUGAAUCUUCCAUAUUGUCUCUAUUAACAUAAACUCUGAUGUUGGUGCUGGACACAGCAACUGAGAGAAAUGAGCUUCAAUCAGCAGUGGUUGUACUGGUUUUAUAACUAGUGGUUCUCAAACCAAGUGGAAGUUUAGAUGAUUAUGUGAGAUGAGAAAAGUAGACUUUAAAAUAAUAUUAUAUGAUAUAGAUUCUAUAAUUAACGAAAGAAACCCUCAUGUGUAGUGCUGGUAAAAAUGUUUGUUAUCUCAUUUAUUUUAGUCUGAAAAAUUGUUUCCAGAUGACAAUGACAUCUGGUGGAGAGUUAGAUCAAAGGCAGGAACAACUCAUUGUUCAUGAGGAUCUGGAUCCAGGUGUGAUUGCAGGAAUUGCUGCUUUUUGCAGUGGUUUUCCCAUGAACCACUGCACUUAUUUGAAUGUCAGGUAACCCACCUACUGAGAAUAUUGCUUGUUUGCUGGAGUUCAUCUGCUGCGAGUCCUUUCUGAUUUAACUUUUCUGUAAUCAAUCUGCUUUUAAGGAAGAAAAAAAAAAAAAUGAACAGCUUGAAAAGGCCACAGGUCCGACCUACACCAGGGUGUCAAGCUGAAUUACAGCUUUCCCAGACUUGUGGAUGUUGUUUCAUAUUCACAGCAGUUACACAAUGCUGCCAUUUGGUGCCACCAAUGUGUAAAAUUUCCCAGUGAUUCAUUUAACACGCGUUACAUUUUUUCUCUUGCUCUCUUGCAAAAUUGAGCACCACUUUUUUUUCCCUCCACAGUGCUAUAGCUUCAUAAAACUGACCCGUAAAUUAUACCUGUUAAUCGUCCUUCUCUGCAGGUUUUGAUUUAUAAAAACUGUAAAUGUAUUUGUCACAUUGCCUGUUGGACCCCACAGUAAUACAGAAAUAAUCAAUCCAGACCACUCGGAUGAUGCGUUAAAAGUGACAUUUAUUUAACACUAAACGUUUUAUGUACAGUUUCAUAACAACAAAACCCCAAAGUUGCAGCUCUAACAUCACAUAGAAAUAAGCAUAAUGGGUCUGUAUCAAAGCAAUGACAGAAGUAUUAAGUUAAGUGUUUAAGGCAAACAGUUCAGUUUGCUAGACAUUAACUUCUAGUGAUGACAAAGAUUAAAUCAUGAAAAACUGUAUUAUCCUGACAUGCCAAUUCCUCCAGAUUCUAAAACUAAAGAAAAAUCCUGAACUGCUGCUGCAUCAUUCAUUCCUUGUUCUAUAUGUCUGAGACCUGAUGGGAACGUCCUCUGGGUUUUAUCAGUUAUGUUUCUAAAAGUGCACCUGCAUACAACAUUCUUUGACAUAGUUCCACAAGAUAUCUAACAUUUUACACCUCAAGAAGAAAAAAAAGUGUUAACCCUUCCCCCACCCAAAAAGGAAAAAAAAUUAAAAAGAUUUCCCUACCCCAUCUGUCAAUUAAAUCUUAUGGCAAAACCCCACUUGGAAAAGGAAUUUGAGUUAUUUUUAUGCUCUUAGAUAAUGUGAUCCACAUGCUUCAGCGAGAUCGUUAACAGCUGAAAUCCAGACAGCCAAAGAAUCUUUUCUAUAAUCACACAGCUUUUCCACUGACAUUCAAUGUGAUGCCGAUUCCACUGACUCA